UUACUUUCUAUAAGUUUAUUUAAUGAAUCGAUUUUGCUUGAUCCAACAUAUUUGUCUUGUAAAUCUAAUCAUUCUUUUUUUUCAAAAAAAUGUUUUCUUUCAAAUCAAUUGCAAUUAGCUUGGCUUUAAUAGUAGCUGAAUUUUCUAUCAUUUCAGCCGCUUCGAUUCCUGAUGAUUAUUCUCCGCCACAAUGUAAUCAAGCUUAUGCUUGUGGACGUAAUUCAACAUAUCGUCGAAUGAUCUGUAUUGAAGUAAAUCAAUUUUGUAAUGGUAAAAUCGAUUGUCCAAUGGGUGAUGAUGAAAACAAUUCCGUCUGUGAAUCAAUCAUUCAAAUGCGACAACAAUUGCAACGAAAUGGUGGCUUUGAAAAUGAUUUCUCCGGUACUGGUUUCAUGUUUUCUGUCAAUAAUAUGAUCAUUGAUGGUGGAUCGAAUGUUAAGAUGUUCAAUCAAAAUUCCGAUAAUAAUGUUCCAGCAGCUGAUGAAAAUAACCAAAUUCUUGUCAAGAAUUAAUUUUUUUCCAAUGAAUGCUUUUUAUUCAUCAAUAAUUAUAUCGAAAUAUUCAAAUAAAGAAACCUAAUUUUUGCUAUUACAACAAUAA